CGCCGGCUACGGCCCGCGGGGCUCAGUGUGCGUCUCCGAGCGCCGAGCGGGGCAAGUGGCAGGUGCGGGCGGGGGCUCGCCGCGACGUCGGGGCAGGCGCCAGGGUCCUCCUGCCUUUCCCCAGUUAUCUAGGCCGAGGCCAACCAGAUCGGCAGCCGGCGCGGCACCCGGGCAUGGCAGCCUCGGAGGCUGCACCCGCCGUGGCUGAGGGCUCGGGGGAGGCGCCCUGGGCGCACCUGGAGGCCCCCGCCCGGCUCCUGCUGCAGGCGCUGCAGGCGGGGCCGGAUGGGGCGCGGCGCGGCCUGGGCCUGCUGCGGGCGCUGGGCAGUCGCGGCGGGGAGCCCUUCGGCUGGGGCCACGUCCUCGAGGCGCUGUGCCAGGAGGAGCCCGUCGUGGAGGGCCCGGACUGUCGCCUUGAGCUGAAACCGCUGCUGCUGCGAUUGCCCCGGUUAUGCCAGAGGAACCUGAUGUCCCUGCUGAUGGCUGUUUGGCCGUCGCUGCCUGAAAGCGGACUGCUGUCUGUGCUGCGGAUUGCGCGGCAAGACCAAAGCUCUGACCCUGACGCCUGGCUCCGGGCCCUGGGGGAAUUGCUGCAAAGGGAUCUGGACGUUGGGGUGUCGAUUGCUGCGGGGACAUCCCCGCUGUCUGAAAGCUGCCGGGGACAGCUCCAAGGCCUGUGUAGGCGGCUGGGCCCAGGGGGCAGGAGGCUGAAGUCGCCCCAGGCUCUGGAUCCUGGAGAGGAGGAAGAGGAGGAGGACCUCCAGCGGCCUGGGAAACGCAGAAAGGAGCCAGAGGAAGAGCCUGCCCGGCCCGAGGGAGAGAGGGCUCCCAAAAGGUUCCGAUAUGUAGAAAGGGAGGAAGAAGGUAACGAGGAGGAGGGACACGAACCUGAAUCUUUGGAAUCCCUGGCAGAUGGAAAAGGUGCAUCGCCCAGUAAGAACCAGCCUGUCGGGGCUGAGCCCAGUGUGGCUGAGCCCAGUGUGGCUGAGCCCAGUGCGUCUGGUCAGAGGCUGGAGGAUGCCAAGGGCCUCGCUGAGAAUAUGGAGCUGCCCAAAGCUAUCCAGGACCGGGUUCCCAGGCUGCAGCAGCUGCUCAAGACCUUCAGGGAGGGCUUGGAGGGCGCCCCUCCAGUGGAGCUGCAGCUUCUCCAUGAAUGCAGUCCGAGCCAGCUGGAGCUGCUGUGUGCCCAGCUGCAGCUGCCACAGCUCCCGGACACAGCUCUCCUGCAGUUCUGCACCUGGCUUCUGUCCCUCUCACCAGAUCUUAGCCUCAGCAGUGCCACCAUUCUGACCAAGAGCCUCUUUCUUAGACGGAUUCUGUCCCUGACCUCCUCAGCCUCCCGCCUGCUCCUGACGGCGCUGACCUCCUUCUGUGCCAAGUAUGCCUACGCUGUCUGCAGAACCCUUCUUGGCCCCGUGCUCCAGGCCCCAGGAACUGGUCCAGCUCAAACAGAGUUACUCUGCGGCCUUAUGAAGGACGAGGCCCUGGAGCCAGACACACGGGUUCUAAUGCUGGGACAGAUCUUGGAGCUGCCCUGGAAAGAGGAAGUGUUCCUGGUGUUGCAGUCUCUCCUGGAGCGGCAGGUGGAGAUGACCCCUGAGAAGUUCAGUGUGUUGAUGGAGAAGCUCUGUAAAGAGGGGCCAGCGGCUGCCACGUCCGUGGCCUAUGCCAAGCUCACGCUGACAGUGAUGACCAAGUAUCAGGCCGAUAUCACUGAGAUCCAGAGGCUGGGCCUGGCCACAGCGCUAGAGCUCAAUACCACUUUCCUAAGGAAGUCCCUGCAAGCUGCCCUGAGACGUCUGGCUCCCUGACCAUCCACCAAGGGACUGUAUUCCUGAGGCUCCCUCACCAGCUUCCUGAAGGACGUUUCUGCCCUCAGAACCUCUCCCAGACCCCUUGCCUGGGGGAAAAGGCUGAGCCUGGCCAUCACUGCUCUGGGAUACAGAGAGGCCAUCUUGGCCUUCCAGCCAGCAGGCAGGGUCCUGGGCUCGAGGGGUUGGAUGGGCUCACUCCUUGUCGCUUUUACUUCAGGCUGCAGGGACAGAAACUUUCUGAUAGGCCUCAGUAGGGUCAAAGCAGACCCAGAAUAGAUGAAUGAUGUUUCAGGAGCCCUGGCGUGCCCUGUGUGCUCAGCACACAUAUCUUACACUCAAGUGUAUGUUACGACUCUCUGUGUUCUUUCUGACUUGGAUAAUAAUUUAUUAAAAAGCGGGUAUUUCA